UAAACUGAUGCGAUGCGGUGGGAUUAAGUCCCCUGGCCGAUCUUUAUGAAUCUAGAUGCCAAAAUUCUUCCUAUUUUAUUGGCUUUGCCCUCUCUGUUUCGCGUGCGCUGCUCUGCUUGUUAUCUUCUUCUCGAUAACAGCUCAGUCUUCCAUCUAAAUAACAAAAACAAAAAAUAACUGAGUCUUUGAACUUAAAACUCUUGGACUCUCUCUCUCUCUCUAUCCAGAGACCAGGCACAUUGUAUUGCAGCUGGCAUUGGAGGAGGUGGUUGCUAUUGAAUCUGGAAAGGAGAUGGAAGAAACUUUCAAGCCUCUCAAAUCCGAUGAUAGAAUAAAGCAUUACCCGUUAACUCCUUUUAGGUUGAUAAGGGGUCUUAUAUGUUUGUUGGUGUAUCUUUCUACUGCUUUUAUGUUUGUAGUGUAUUUUGCACCUGUUGCAGCUGUCUUGAUGCGAUUUUUCAGCAUACACUAUUGUAGAAAAGCAACAUCCUUCCUCUUUGCUCUUUGGCUAGCUUUGUGGCCCUUUCUAUUUGAAAAGAUAAAUGGGACCAAAGUUGUAUUUUCUGGAGAUUUUGUUCCUCCAAAAGAACGUGUUUUGAUAAUUGCUAAUCACAGAACUGAGGUUGAUUGGAUGUACUUGUGGGAUCUGGCAUUGCGGAAGGGGUGUCUGGGCUACAUCAAGUACAUUCUCAAGAGCAGCUUGAUGAAACUACCUGUCUUUGGUUGGGGAUUCCAUAUUUUGGAGUUCAUUUCAGUUGAGAGGAAGUGGGAAGUUGAUGAGCCUGCCAUGCGUCAAAUGCUUUCUACUUUCAUGGAUUCUCGAGAUCCUUUGUGGCUAGUACUUUUCCCUGAAGGAACUGAUUUUAGUGAAGAGAAAUGCCAGAAGAGCCAAAAGUUUGCCAGUGAAGUUGGACUUCCUGUGCUGGCAAAUGUUCUACUUCCCAAAACAAGGGGUUUCGGCGUAUGCUUUGAAGUUCUACAGAAUUCCUUGGAUGCAGUUUAUGAUGUCAGUAUCGCAUAUAAGCACCAAUUGCCUACCUUUCUGGACAACGUAUUUGGGACAGAUCCUUCAGAAGUUCACAUUCAUGUCCGGCGUAUCCCUGUUAAGGAUAUCCCAGCUUCUGAUGCCGAGGCUGCUACAUGGUUAAUGGAUAGGUUCCAGCUCAAGGAUCAAUUACUUUUAGACUUCAAAGCUCGAGGCCAUUUCCCUAAUGAAGGAACUGAACAAGAACUUUCUACACUGAAAUGCUUGGUAAAUUUCACUGUGGUAAUUUUAUUGACUGCAUUGUUCAUUUAUCUUACAUUUUUUUCAUCCGUUUGGUUCAAAACAUAUGCGAGUUUAGCAUGUGCCUACCUUGCUUCAGCUACUCACUUUAAAUUCCGGCCAUUACCCAUUACGAAUUUGAUAUAGCAUUGCUUAGUGAAAGAAAUUAAUAGUUUUGCUAUAGAAGAUGGUCAGACUUACAGUUAAGGUCUCUUGUGAACAUAGAAGCAAUAUGAUCAAAUGUUCUAUUUCAGUAUACUGUUCUUAUA